AUGGCCGUGGGCUUUGGCUUAGGCCCCCACAGCCACAGUCCCUGUGCCCUGCAUUCCCCUUCGAACAGCGAGGCAUGCACACCAGCAGCGCCGUGGUGCCACCGGGCUACAGUGGGCGGGCCCUUGGCAAAGCUCCCCAGGCCCCUUUGUUAUCAUGACACAGUCACUAAGCAACAGCUGCAGGUUGCAGCCAUGGCAUCCAGGACAAAGCGAGCCCGGAGCGUCCAGUAUGAGCUGGAGGAGUUUGCUUUCAAGGCCAGGCUCUCAGUGUAUGGGCUGGCGCAGGAGCAGCAGAAGGCGAUCCGAAAGAAAUCGCUUCUGCACAGGCUGGUAUUUCUGGCUAAGAUCUCCCCGGAGCUGGCCGACAAACGGGAUUUAGCAGGGUACUGGCACCGCCUCUUCCUGAGUCUGCAGCGCUACUACCAGGGCGAGGGGGUCACGGGCCUCCUGCUGCUCUACCCCACCUACGUGGUGCACACCCUGGAGGCCUCCAGCGAGGUGCUUUACUCCAUCCUGAGGGACCUGCGAGACAUGCAGCCCCAGCAGCACAGGGCCCUUGUUCUAGAGCCCAAGAUCCUGGUGCUGUCCCACAACAUUCCCUCCCGGCUCUUCCAGCAGUGGAGCUACAAGGUGCUGGCUGUGCCCAGCAGGCACCUGGGCUACGACACCUCGCGCGAGGAGCCAAUUGAGACCAUCACUAGUGAGUGCCUGGUGAUGCUCCUGAAACUGGGGACGCACCUGCUGAAAUACCCCAAGAGCCCCCCAAACCUCCCUGAUGCCGUUCUGGAGGAGGUCCCCAACUUAAUUGUUCCCCAGGACACCAUCUGCCACCUCCUGGAGUGCCGGGAGCUCCUGAGCCCUGCGCAGUUCCUGCAGGCCUACGAUUCCCCCUUGAACGUCGUCAUGGACUCAGAGCGCGUGUGGCCACUGCCUGGGAAGGUGAAGCUGGAUGCCGUGAGCUUGUGA